AGGUUUGACGAUACUUCACCUUUCUCAUUCCUCAGACUCCAACCCACUUUGAUUCUGAAAGAUUUGACUGUUGUUUCCGGUCAGUCAGCUUGCCGAAGCAGUCAGAUUUCCGUCAUACUACUCAGAAUAAAAAUGGCAUCAGGAGAUGAGCUUCCAUCCCAUCUCGCUGUCGAUACCUCCAACGUUCAAAUUCUUAACUCUGAGACCUCAAAAAGACUCGUCGAAAAUUUUGUAAUCGCUCUCAUGAACAAGGAGCGUUUCUACAUCCGCACAUUCUUUUCGACAUACAAAGCAUAUACCACUGCUGAAAGUGUGUUGUACAUCCUCCUGGACAAAUAUGGAAGCUUUGACACCUCAGAGGCAGAAGAGAUUCCAGUAAUCGAUUCAGUGAGCACAAACAGCGGAAACAAUGAUAACAUUCCGAGCUGUGAGGAGCUUGAAAAUGCAAUUCCUCUAGAGACAGUUGCAGAGAUCAAAAAGUAAGUAUUGAUCCAAUGUGUGAGGAAAUGAUGCUUUAAUCAGAAUACAACUAUGUGAAGGGCAACCGCUGGAGGCCGCCAUUUUCAGGAACAUUAUUUAGAGACUUUCUCCUGAAACGUAGCAGCAUCUGUGGAGAGAAAGCAGAGUGGGCAAUUUGAGUUGAGGUUCUCCUGUUCAGAACUUCGCAUCUCUGAAGACGUGUCGCUUGGCUCAACUUGAACUCUGUUUUCUGUCUGUAGAUGCUGCAAAACCUGUUGAGUUUCUCCAGCAAUGUCUGCUUUUCUUUCAGCUUUUCGGCUUCUGUAGUUUGUUCUUUUACAUAAAAGAAACAGUUGGCUGUUGUUCUAAUAUUUGCUCUGUUCUUAGUGUUGUAAAAAGAAAUUUUAGAUGGAAGAUUGUGGUUCAUGCUGCAGGCCUUCUGCUGGAACUGCAACCUGGAGGCC